AUGGCCAAACGCACGAAAAAGGUUGGAAUUACCGGAAAAUAUGGAACACGAUAUGGUGCUUCGUUGCGUAAAAUGGUCAAAAAAAUGGAAGUGACACAGCAUGCUAAAUACACUUGCUCUUUCUGUGGAAAGGAUGCAAUGAAACGGUCUUGUGUUGGUAUCUGGUCCUGCAAACGUUGCAAGAGGACAGUGGCUGGAGGUGCCUGGGUGUUCUCUACCACAGCAGCUUCAUCUUGUAGGUCAGCAGUGAGGAGGUUACGUGAAGUCAAGUAA